UGACUCAUUUCUGUAUGCAGGUACUAUGGCGGCUGUCGACAGACUGACAAAUGGAAAUGCAGACAUUUACAGCCACAAAUUAAACCGAAUGGAUUCCGACAGCAUUGAAAUACUAAACGAGGAGAUUCGAAACUUGGAAAAUCUCAUCAGACUAACAAAAGAACAAUUGGAGAGAUUGAACGCCCAGUUUGGGAAAGUGAGGCAUCCCCCGGCUCUGUACCUACAGGAGUAUGAGGAGUUGGCCAACAAAAUCCACGAGUUGCAGACGCAGCUACAAGACAAAGAGCAGGAACUCACUGACAUCCAGUCUACCCCGCCCAAAUCACCAGAAAAAGAACCUGAACUUCCUGCCCCGGUUCCCCACUUACCACAUGGAGCCCAUGGGACCCACAUUGGAACCCACGGAACCCACAUUGGAAAUGGGACAAAACCGGAGCCAGUUGUAGGCGCAAGCGGUCCGGCAGGUGUCCCGGAAUCGACCCUGCUCUCCAGCCCCAGUCUGCCCAUGAAGUCGCCCCUGGGGCAUGUGAAGGCGUUCCUGCCUAACAACCAGCACACUAGUGUUACAGUUAAAGUCGGAAAAACGCUGGGGGAAGGUUUGGCUAAGGCGCUUACCUUACGCAAUUUUGAGACAGAGGUUUGCGACGUGUUUGAUCGACGUACUGGUGAACAGCUGAGCUGGGAUAUACCAAUGACUGAUGUGGCAGGAAAUGAGCUGACUGUAGAGUUGAAGAAAAACAGACGGACAUUCCCGCCUACGUUUACUACUCCCCAACAUAAUUUAGCAAGAAAGACCUUUUUUUCCCUGAUAUUCUGCGACGUGUGCAACAAGUUCCUGUUGCAAGGUUACCAGUGUCAGACGUGCCGUUACCGACUACACCAGCGUUGUAAAGAAAAUAUGAACCCACUGUGCAAUACUAUGAAUCUUACAAAACACUUACUUGCAGAGAGUACCGGUAUGGCCUCCUACCAAUCACUAAUUCCAGGCUCAUAUCAAACUGAUUCCCAUAAUCUUUUCUCACGUAAUAAACAAACGACCCCUCUUGGGCCGAGGGGUAGAUCCACGUCAGCGCCGAACGUCAGUUUUGUGAGCGUGGGUGGUCAGCUUGGGGAGGACGUUUUACAGCAUCUACAACAGACCUAUGAAGCCUCAACCAAUCAGCAAGGUCGCCACGGUAAUAUACUGACCCUCCCGGGCCGUGGCUCCAAUCACAGUCCAACGGGCAGCCCAACAGACAGUGCUGGUCAUUCACCAACUCCUGCGGGCAAACAUAGGCCUAGGGCACGCUCUGUAGAAACAGACCCUGGCCGCAGAACUGGCGGAUGGAGAGACUCCAAUGAAGACUGGGAAAUCCCUAAUGAUGAGAUAAUCCUGGGUUCCCGGAUAGGGUCCGGUUCAUUCGGGACCGUGUUUAAGGGUCAGUGGCAUGGUGCAGUGGCGAUAAAACGUCUCAAUGUAACAAAUCCAACCCCGGCCCAAGUGACGGCCUUCAAAAAUGAAGUAGCAGUUUUACGAAAAACGCGGCAUUUAAAUGUAUUAUUAUUUAUGGGGUGUACAAUGAAACCGCAAUUAGCAAUUAUCACGCAAUGGUGCGAGGGUUCUAGUUUAUACAAACACUUACAUGUGGACGAAGUGAAAUUUGAAAUGUUGGCGCUUCUGGAUAUUGCUAGACAGACGGCGCAAGGAAUGGAUUACCUUCAUGCGAAGUCUAUUAUCCAUAGGGACCUCAAAUCUAAUAAUAUAUUUUUAACGGAAGAUUUAACGGUAAAGAUUGGAGAUUUCGGUCUGGCGACGGUGAAAGCACGAUGGAGCGGGUCCCAUCAGUUUCAGCAACCUACCGGCUCAAUAUUAUGGAUGGCUCCAGAGGUGAUACGAAUGCAAGAGCAGAACCCCUACACAUUCCAGUCUGACGUCUACGCCUUCGGCAUCGUGCUGUACGAGCUGAUAUCUGGCCAACUGCCUUACUCACACAUCAACAACAAAGACCAGAUUCUAUUCAUGGUGGGUAAAGGGUACUUGAUGCCAGACUGUAGUAAAGCGAGGAAUGACUGCCCUAAGGCCAUGAUACGGCUUGUGCAAGACUGCUGUAAGCUGGACAGGGAUAAACGCCCACUCUUUCCACAGAUCCUUGCGUCCCUAGAGAUGCUGGUGAAUCAACUUCCGAAGAUAGGCCGCAGUCGGUCAGAGCCCAUCAUGAACAGUUCCCACUCGGAUGAUCUGGACAUGAUGUACAUGUGUGCCUCCCCAAAGACUCCCAUCAAUAGUCACUAUAAUCAAUUCUCAUUCCUCAACUUUUGAUACGCUUUUCCAGUGAAUAAUCGCUACAAUCUUUCCAGUGAUUCAUGAGCCAGUUUAAAUUGUUGUGUGAAUUAAAAAGCCAGUGAUACUCGAAUAUUUGUUAUAGUGAGAAUGAUUUUCAAUGAUAGCCAUGAUUCACUUUUGAGUGGUACUCAAUAUAAAGAAGUGAAACUCCAGCUGCUGGAGCAGUAAGGCAUUCUCAUUGUAUACAAUUAGUUGGUCCUUUAUUUAAGGCAAGUGGCCAAUCAAAGCACACUUUAACUUGAUACAUUGUUCACUCUCCAGUAAAAGACACUUCAUUUUCCAGUCAUUUAUUUUCAAGUGACGUUUUGCAUGCGUUCUUCGGGUACAAGAUAUUUAUAAGUGAUACCAAUAUAAAGCUUUAAAGUAAUAUUUGCUUUCCAUUGAUAUUUGCUACACUUGGAAUUGGGACACAAUUUGAACCAUAAAAAAGAUAGAAAAAGAUGUCUGAACGACACUUUUAAGUAUUACUUGAUCUGAUGCUUUGAAGUGCUUCAUGCUACACUUUCCAGUGUUAGAUGAUUUUUAAAGUGAUAUCGCAAUACUGGUUUUUAAGUGAAAGCUCAAGUGAUACCACUCUACACUUUACGGUCCUUAUGUGGUUCAUGAUUUAAAGUGAAAGUGACGUGUUUUUGAGCAUUGAAUAAAAUGUGCCGGGAUGUGAACUAGCAUACUUACUGGCCUGGGUAAAAAUGAAAUGGUUGUGCCGUGCUUCUGUAUAGAUAUCCGCUUGUUUGGAUAUCCGCUUUGAUUCGUACCAGAUGUGAUCUGAUAUAGCCUUAUCGCCUGAUGUGGUUCUUACUGGAUAGACUGGUUCCUACCGGAUAGACUAUCACGCUGUGAGAACACCUGAUGGGGUUCUUACCGGAUGACCUAUCACCUCAUCAGAGUAAAGGACAACCUUUCUACCGGAUGAUAUCAUUUCAUCAGAAUGUUCGAUAUCAUUUGUACGGGUUGUUAUAUCAUUUUGUCAGCAAAUUCUAUAUCAUUUGUACCUGCUGUAGUAAUGUUUCAUCAGACUGUCUGAUAGCAUUUGUUCCACAUGUAUUAUCACCCCAACAAAGUGUCUUGCAUAAUUUAUUUUGGAUGAAGUAUUGUUUCUUUGAAUGUCUUGAUUCAUUUUAAUAGACAUUGUCUCAGCUUGUUAGAAUACUGUGAAAUCAUUUAUUUUCGCCAGCACGAAAUUUCGUCAUUUUUAUACAAAUGACAUUUUCGUCAGCACUUAAAUUCGCCAAUUCCUGACUUUUGAAAAAAAAAAUGCUUCAGUCAAUAUCCGAUUUGUUUGUCCGAAAUAUAUCGCGGUUGCGAAAAAUCGUAGUGGGGAAAGAGGGAGGACACUUGGGAGUCACUUGCAGGAGGUGGGGCCUGUUUGUCACAUGUCAAUAUACUAGUCUUUUGUUAUCAGGUGAUCAGUAAUUUGCCCCCAUUAGUGUAUCAUUAUUAUGAUUAGCGGAUUAGUGGGACCGAAUAACCGUUAACGAGUGUUUGAAACCCGGGUUUGAAACAGUGAAGCCAGUUGCCAAUUGGUCCUAUUCAUCUAUUAUCAUGACCAAACUAAAAACAAUCUUACCUUUAUCGGCGCAAAUUAGAAAAGGUGCCAAGAUUAUUGGUUAACAAACUGUUUGGUCAGUUUUCAAUAAAGUUUCAAGAGUUUUGCAUCGUAAGUGAGUUAGGUUUUCAAUUGCUACAAGUAACAAUUAUUUGAAACAUGUAUCUUAAAACUUGUAAAAGAUGUCAAUGAUUAAAAAGAUCGAUAGCCCAUAAAACAAAGCACAAGCUAUUUUUACACCUGUAUUGUAGUUAAACGCAAACAACCAAACACAAAUCAAAAUGUUCUGUAUUUAUUUGUAAUCAAUGCGGAGAAAGUAUACAGUAAGUAUAUACAUCACCAUCUUUUACUUGUGUUUAUUGUCUUUGAUCCGGAUCUAAUCCGGUGCGUGGAGGCUGUAUUAUCUUCUGCAACAACACUGAAAAACACAAUACACACAAUGGGUAAUAAAGUUGUUAACAAUUAGCGCUUAUCAUACAAUUCUACCUAAACGAAGUCAACGCAGUCGAUACAGCUUUACUGCUUUCGCGUUUUAGAGCAAUGUCACGUGUCGGUUAAGUACACUGUGUAAUCUACACCCUUUUGUGUCAAAACCUGAUUCAUCUUGAUUACGUAACAGACGGAGUAUGUAUGCGUGGAUUACGUUGGUUAUGUUCGGUCGACUGACGAAAUAUAUGAAAAUUAAUGCCUGACGAUAUAUAAUGGUUUCACAGUAUCAGGUGUUAGUCUGUUAUAAAGUUUAAGCAUUUUCUACCAUUUGUUUGAACAAAUUGCUUCAUCAUUUGAAAGAUGAAUAUAAAGACAGAGUUGUACAAGAUUUUGGGUUUUAGCAUCAACUUUUGAAAGUGUGAAAUUAAAAAAAUUAACAUAAGUCUUCAACCAUUUUUGCAAGAUUUCAUACAUAUAUUGUUUAACACUAUUUAUUUGUGUGCCUUUAUAUUCCAAUUGAAGUUUAAAAAUACAUGUUUGCCGAUACCGGUAAAUGUUGGAAGCCAAUUCUUUGACACAAACAACAAUGUAACAUUUUCUUGAAGUUUUGUGUAUAAUGCUAUAAUAUUUAGCUAUUGUUUCAUGUAUUCUCAUGAUAUUGUGGCCAAACUAUAUCUGCAAAUUAUUGACCAAUGUUAUUGGGGAAAAAUAAAAUAUGUGAAAAACAUACAGUCUAAGGAAGUAGAUUUCUCAUUUUACUGUGAUUUUUUUGCAAUUCUCUCUAAUUUUGUUAUUUUUUCACCAUGGGGGAAAUGCUGUUGUUUCAUCAUGCUUUGUUCCAUUUGUUGAAAUUGUGAGUAUCAUUUCUGUAAAAUUGUUACAUUUUUUCUACAGGGUUAAAUUUUGUUUGUUUAUAGAUAAAAGUUUGAAGUAUGUUAGGCACUAUUAAAAAGCCAGGACCCAAAUUUCUAAUGAUUCUUAACAUUUGUCGAAAGUUUUAGAGUUAUGAUACAUAUUUUGAUAGAUUUGUAUGUAAUUCUUUACUAGUCUGUAUUAAUCCCUUCGCUUUUGAGUUUUGACAUUGUAAUAAUUAAAUUGAAUGUACUAAGUAUUAUUGUUGUUGAAAAUGAAUAGCUGCCUCUUAGUAAAUUUCUUACCAUGUUUGGUGAGAAUUUGUUAUCAUAGAUGAGUAUUUUUAUAUAUCAUACAACACAACAGCUUUCUGGCAUUUUUUACACCAUUUCAGAAAUAUGACCUGUACUCAUGCAUUGGGCAUUUUAGGAUCUGUUGUUUUUCAAUAGUGAAAAGUUUGGUCGGUUGUAAGUUUAUUAUUUUAGUAAGUUAUAAAGAAAAAUAAAGUAAAAUAGCAAUUACCCAAAAACAUAUCCCUAAACUUCAAAAGAUUUUUUUUUCAUGAUUAACACCUUUUUUUCACCAUACAUCUAAAAAUCUUUAUAAGUUUUGAAUUUGAUACUGAAAUUUGGGAAAAUAAGAUUUUAAGCAAAUGGGGAUAUGACCAAAUAACGGAUAUAAAAGGAACUUAAUACGUGUAAAUAGGAUCAUCUCUUAAUGUACGGAUCCUUGUUAAUGUACAUAACCAAAUUUAUUUAUCUGUAUAAAUAAUCACCCAUGGGCCAAGACUGUUGCAUUUUGCAAAUACACAGAGUACAUUUUUGAAUGUUUAUUUUUAACAUUUAAAGAAUUUUUAUACUUCCAUAUCUUUAAUAGCAAAUAUUAGACCUUGGUUAUGUAGGUUUUACAAAUUGGAUUAUUGCCAGUUGUCUGUGAGAUGCUUGUCUGUAGUAUACUGUAUUUGUUGGUUUCAGAUUAUUAUGGAUUGUUAUUUAAACUGAUCAGAGAAGGUAACAUUUUCAUCAGUUCCGCAGCUACAAGUCAAUUUUUAUAUGGUCAUGAAUUCAUAAUUGCUGAAACCUAUUUAUUUUUUUUUAACUAGCAAAAGAUUAUCCACUUUUGGUUUACAUUUGAAACUGGUUUAAGUUGAGACAAUUUUCAGGCAAUAUAACUUAAUUGGAUUUAUGUCAUUUUGCAAAUUUAGAGCUUGGAAAUGUUGAAUAUCCAUGUAAAUACAGGAACCAGGCAAACAUUCUUACAGUGAUAAUUUUCGCCUGUUUUUUGUUAAGAGUAAAUUACUAAAUUUAAAUCACUGAUGUUUCACUAUAAACCACAUGAAAGCAUCAAAUACAGAAUAUAAGUGACAUCACGUUUUCAAUGAGUAUUUUUCUGUCAAGUUACUUUUGUUAUUCCUUGAUCAAACAAGAGGCAGAGCUUGACUUUUAUUAACAAUCAAUGUUCAUUUGUAUUUCACUCACGACAUGUUUUAGUAGGCACUUUAAGAUCAUAUCAGUCUUAGGGUAAAAGUUGUCCUAUGCAGUGCUUUCCACAGGAUUUUUUUCAGGCGCCCUUGGGCGUACAAAGCGUACGCUCUCAUUGGCCAAUAUUGAUUUUCCAAUACAGCGACGCUGCGCCCUUAAGUGGGCUUUAGUUGGGUAAAGCGUUAGAUGUAGUUUACAGAGGAUCGUAAAAUCGGCUUUCAAAAUUUUCGGCGAAGUCAAUAUUGCUUUGAUCUUAAGAAUGACUAGUUGCAGCAACAGCCAAAAUACACUGAUCGCAAAAUUUCAGGUGCCCCGCGGACUCUGAUAUCGAAAUUCAAGCACCCCGGUGAAGGACCGUUAAAUGGCCUGUGGAAAGCACUGGUCCUAUGUUAGAAGUCUGAAGAAAGCUAACUAUUUUACUUAGAGAUAAAAUGAUUCUGCAUGUUUAAUUGUGCUCUAUUUUUUUUGCAGUAAGUGUGACAUUUUAUGUCUGCUUUCAUUUAAGUGCUCAAGACUGAAGAGUUUUCUUUCUUUGGAACUUUGUUUUUAUGUCCCAGGUAGGGUGGCAUAUAGCAUUUGAACUGUCUGUCCGUCCGUCCGUCCGUCCGACCGUAAACUUUAACAAAACCAUAACUUUUGCAAUAUUGAAGUCAGCAACUUGAUAUUUGGCAUGCAUGUGUAUCUCAUGGAGCUGCACAUUUUGAGUGGUGAAAGGUCAAGGUCAUCCUUCAAGGUCAAAAGUCAAAAAAUACAAUCCAAGGCAAGUAAUAAGCUUUAAAAGAGAGAUAAUUUCUAAACCUGCCAAAUGAUAUAUUGAAAUUUUAUUAGCUCGGCUGUUUUCGGAGAAAACCCGAGGUAUUGUCAUAGCCAGCUCGUCGUCCGCUGUCAGCCAUCCGCCGUAGGCGUUAUGCUAAAACCUUUACAUUGGCUCUAAAAUCAAAGUGCUUCCACCUACAACUUUGAAACUUCAUAUGUAGAUGCAUCUUGAUGAGUUCUACAUGCCACCUCCAUUUUUGGGUCACUAGGUCAAAGGUCAAGGUCACUGUGACCUCUAAUAUAAAACUUUAACAUAGGCUCUAAAGUCAAAGUGCUUCCACCUACAACUUUGAAACUUUAUAUGUAGAUGCACCUUGAUGAGUUCUACACGCCACACCCAUUUUUGGGUCACUAGGUCAAAAGUCAAGGUCACUGUGACCUCUAAUAUAAAACUUUAACAUAGGUGGCACCCGUUAUGCGGUGCUCUUGUUUCAAAGCGGCGCAAUAGGGGGCAUUGUGUUUUUGACAAACACAUCUCUUGUUUCAUCAUAUUCAUCAAUCAUUGUUGUGCAUUGAGCUGAUAGGCUUGUGAAAUCAUAUACCGGUACCAGGAGUGUGUUGUGUUGUUCAUGUUUUUUAAUGUGAUUGUGUGCAUUCUUUUGAAAUCUCUUCAGUGUUUUUCGUAAGAGAAUUGAAAGAAUAAUGUAAAUACAUAUUUUUCCUUAGUUUAUUUAUUGUUAUUUAUACUGUAAAAAUGUGAAAUAUUAUAUAUAUACUUCUCCUUCUAUUGAUGUAUGUAUUGUAAAAAUAUGUACAUAAAAAAGAAACAAUUUCUUAAAUAUAUAUAAAUUGCA